GGGAAACAUAACUGUAAUUUAUUUGAUUUAAACAGUUUAUUGGACGUUAAUUUUAUUUUGUUUUCAAAGUGAGUCCUGAGGAUAUCGGUUAAGACGAAGUGGGAGCACUUAAAUAAUUUUAAUCCCUACACUAUAGACUCGUUUUUAAAGAACUAAGGACACUGUUACGGUUUUGUUUGUUAUACAUAUAGGUAGCGGCAACCUUUUUUUUUUAACUGUGUAUUUGUUACUGUAACUUGUACUUGCCCUAAAUUGUUUAACGAGUUAUUUUGUGUUUGUUUUAUUUUAUUUUAGUUAUUUUUUUUUUAUUUAUGUAUAUCUCCAGACUAUUUCACGUGGUUUUUUACCAAGAUGUUUGUUGCACUGUAGUUAAGGUCUGUGUUGAGUAUUGUGGGAUGUAACUCUGCAAAUGCAUUCUGUUCGGGUUUAGGGACAUUCAUUUUUAUAGAAACAAUUUGUCUCAAGUACUGCAUCAAAGGGUAAUUUUAUUUUUAUCUAAAAAUAAUAAAAAAAAAAAAAUGCAUGACUCGUGUGUCCGGCAGAUAAGAUGUAGUGGAUAAAACUAACCUUUGACAGUACAGUAUACAUUUUAUGUGAAAAAAAUGUAAUACUAAUGUGUUAGCUUGUACUGGUUGCUUCCCAGCUCUGUACUGAAGUCAUGGCUGAGUCAAUGACAAUUUCAAAGACAUGGUUCACAAAUAUCCAGAUUUUUUUUUUCAGUAAGCAUUGAUCUUAUCUAGAACAAUAAUCUGGAAAUACCAAUGCACCAUUAAUUCACUUCAGGUCUAAAACAUCUUAGGCGUGUUUUAUGUUUCUUCAUCAACAGCAAAAAAGACUUCUUACACAGACAGUGAAAUAAAAAUACCACAAAGACUAGAUUCUGUUGCAUUCAAAUCAAUAAAUAUGUUUUCAAACAGGGUUACAUAAGGACAUUCCAGUAGGGGACAUGAAGAAGCAAGAAAGCAGAACUGGAACAUUAAGAGAAGUACUAAAUUUCAUUGAGGGAUAUUGCCAAGCAGAAGGGUUAUGGUUAACAUAGCUGUGUAGUAGGGAGACAGCAGCAGUCACUAUGGAGGACAGUCAUCCACAUCCCUGGAAAGUUGCCACAGAGAAGAGGAAGGCUUGGGCUAGAAGCAGAGACUCCUGGCAGACCUCUGAGUCGGUAGAUGUGGCUACUCAGGAGCAGCAUUCUCCAGGCUGUAGAGAAGAAAAACUUCCAGUCUCUGUAGAUCCAGGAGGAAUACCUAAUGAGAAUAUUGCAAUAUGGCUUAAAGAUUGCAGGACACCACUCGGGACUUCUCUGGAUGAUCAGAGUAACCCAGCACUAAAGGGAAUAAUAAAAAAUGGGGGUAGCUUUGAAGAUGACCUGUCACUGGGAGCAGAAGCUAAUCAUCUUCGUCCAACCAGUAGUGAGACAGGGACAACGUGUUUUCGAAUGUUGGCCAGAGACAAACGGAAUUGGUUUCAUCAAAAGGGAAGAAGUAUGAAUUCCACUGGCUCUGGGAAGAGUAGCACAACGUUAUCAAGUAUGUCAGAAUUGUUGGAUCUUUACGAAGAAGAUCCAGAAGAAAUCCUGUAUAAUCUUGGGUUUGGGACUGAGGAGCCAGAUAUUGCUUCAAAGAUUCCAUCCAGAUUUUUUAAUUCCACCUCUGGUGCCAGCGGGAUAGAUAUCAAGGUGUAUUUGAAUGCUCAAAUACAGCGUAUGGAGGGGGAGAAUCCAAAUUAUGCUUUGACAAGUCGUUUUCGUCAGAUUGAAGUACUCACAACUGUGGCCAAUGCCUUUUCUUCACUUUAUUCUCAAGUGUCUGGACUACCCCUUCAAAAGAUUGGGAAUGGAGCUACACUGUCUUCUGAAAAUGAGGGCAAAGAUGUAACUCCUAUUAAAAGAAGUAGUUAUGCAUUGAAUGCCACUAGCAGAUUAAAGAAAACCAUAUCGAGGCUUAAUCUACAUGGAGCUCCGCAACCUGGUACUGAAGUUAAUUCUUCAACCGCUUCUGCAAGUACAGGUAAUGAAAACACAGUUUUAGGAACAGAAGCCAAUACAGGUAAGGCUGAAGAGAGGAAUGAGCAAAAAGCACAGAAACCACUGAGAAAAAAAGAUUCCCCUUCAUUAGAGACAGUAAAGGAAGAGGUGCCUGUUGGCCUUUGUUCCACUUCAGAAAUUGGCUACCUGGAAUUUAACAGCGUGUCUCGGAUAGAGGGUCACGGGAAAGUUGGACUGUCUGACGAAUCUGGUUUUACCGAUUCUUCACUUCUAAACAAGGACUUAAAUGCAUCCACUGAAGGCGAUCUUGAGACCAACUGUGAGCACAAACCGGCAGUGACAUCCACACCUGGUAAAGAGCCUUCAUCACAGCUUCAGAAUCCCUUGCUUGCACAAGUUUUUUCACUUCAGAAGGAUUCCUUUGAGAUGGAAGAGAUUCAAAGCAAUGAAGGCGACGCUACAUCAGCAACUCGCACUACUAAUUCUAGAACUGAACAAUUGUUAAGAGCUGUCAGUCAGCACUCUGAUAGCAGUGGAUUUGCUGAAGAUCCUUCUGUGGAUUGUGCUUCAAAUAAUCAUCUGCAGGUCCAAGAGAGUUAUGAUAGCUGUGACAGUGAGACGACGGUGACGUCAAAUGCUGAAGACAUCAGAACUCCUGUAGCAGUGGACCAGCCUGCCUUUGGGGAGUUACAGGGUACUGAGGAUGUCUUAAUGCCAUCCACAGAGGAUCCUGCAAGUUCAUCCCUGCCUUCUCUAGAUAAGGAUGGCCUAAAUCUAACGGAGACAGAGUCUAUCAGUGUAGAUGAAACUCCUCCUUUGGGUGACCCAAAUAUAAGAGAGACAGAGUCUGCCAGUGAAGGUGAAAUCCCUCCUUAUGUCCUUCGUCAGAUCCUUAAAGCUGUGGACUCUCAUUCUACUGAGGGUAAGGGCAUUACCGCAGGUAAACAGGUUCUGCCUUCUACUUCUGACAAAGUCCAAGUUGCUCUUUAUAGAGCCCAGCUGAAGGACUGCAAUGUAUCGGAUGAAGCUGCACAAAUUAAGGUUAAAGGAAACAACCUGCUGCAGGAAAAACGUGAACUAGAUCUGAGAAGGCAAUCUUUCCUACCUUCAGGGAGAUACCCUCUAAUAAGAUCUCGGUCCUUGCCAACUUCACUGCUCAGCCCCAUUCGUGUUGUGUCGUCCGUUAAAGUCCACUUAAGUCCCGGAAGUGAAACUCAGUGCAGCCCGCUUUCUUUUACUUAUAAAUAUACCCCUGAGGAGGAUGAGGAGUCUAUCGCGGAGGAUGAAGAACAGACGACUUGUACAUCAACACUUUUUAUCAGCCCAGCUUCUCAGAAAAGAGAUCCUGACCGGUCCAUGCCUCGUUUUGAAAGUGGUCUAGAUGGAGGGUGCAAUAGGAUACAUUCCUAUCCGAUGCACAUGCCAUUACACAUGUCCCAGUCUGCAUGUUCGCUUCACAAUAUUAAUUCCAGUUGCUAUGACCGGCCACUAUCUGAGCAUAUGAGAACAUGGAGUACAAGCAGUGUUCCCAAUCUCCCUCACGGAUUACAGGAAUGUCCUUAUUCUUAUUCUUGCCCUUAUCCUCCAAGACCCGUCAUGUACACCACCAGACCGCUUCAUCCUCCUUCCACAAUAGAAAUGCAGUUGAGGAGAGUACUGCAUGAAAUAAGGAACACCGUGCAAAACCUGUCCCAGAAUCCUGCUCUGAGAGGAAAUGAAUCACCUGCAUCCAUGUAUAGUUCUCAAAGAUCGAUCUUGCCUUUGUAUGAAAAUACCUUCCAAGAAGUGCAGAUGAUGAGGAAGAGUCUGAAUGUGUUUAGAACGCAGAUGAUGGAUUUGGAGUUAUCUAUGUUGAGGCAGCAAACCGAAGUGUACCCGCACUUGACAGAAGAAGAAAGGGAAGAAGCCAGUCAGCUGCAGAGUCUGAGGACCGCGGUGCGCCAGGAGCUGCAGGAGUUGGAGCUGCAGCUGGAGGACAGGCUGCUGACUCUGGAGGAGCAGAUCCACUCCUCACACCAUGCCUCCCUGUACCAAUCACAGAUGACGUUUGGAAUGCAAGAAAGUAGAAGUAUGGAUUGCUUGUCUUGUUCAUCUCCAAUUAAUAUAAUUGAACCAGUCACUAAGCUUCUACGUGAACAGUUGCAUUUGAAAUCUGAACUUUGCUAUGAGGACCCAGCAGGAGAUUACUGCAGCAGUGCUACACCUUCUCUGGCCUCAGAAGCAUCUUCACGAGCCUCCAGCCCUUCUCAAACAAACAGGAACCCAAGCUUCCCGUCCAGGCAGACCCAGAAACCACACACCCCUGACUGGUCAUUGCAGAAAAUGGAACGUUACCGGGCUUCUGUCUCCCUCACACCCUCUGCACCAGUUAGGCCUGGAAUGGAGAACCAUGUUCAUGAAGACGAAGAAGUAGAAAACCUAAGGGUGGAGCUGGCUGCCGUUGCUGCUUUGUCUGCAGAGAAAACUAGAAGACAUGUGUCAGCCAGUCCUGAGCUGCAGCAGGUUUUAAAGGAGAUCAAGGAAACUCUAGCUGAAGAAAUAAGACGAGAGAUUGUUAAUGAACUUCUCGCUGCUGUGUCUUCCCCAAGUAGGUCGUCUGUGGUUAAAAGGGAGAUGCCAUAAACAUGUUUAACAAUGGAAGAUAACCCUGUGGAAGAUACAUCACUUGCAACACUGAUCACUAAUGGAAUGCACUGAUAACAACCAAACCUUUUUUUUUAUUUUUUUAAAUUUACUACAAAUAUAGUACUCCAAAGCUUCAGGACACUAAUGCUGCUGUGAUGAGCUACUGUUUAAUCUAAUUUUAAAAAUCAAAAUAGAUGCAAUUGUUCCUUUACUUGGAUUAAUUAAUUUCCUGAAGAUUUUAUUUGUAUUUAUGUGAUAUUUGUGGUUAGUUCAAAUGUAAAUUCAAGAUAAAACUUGAAAAGUUGCUUGUCUUGUUAGAUACACAUAUAUUUAAGCAAGGUGUCUACUGUAAGCUGCAUUUUCUUCCUCUGGCUUCUUACAAAUCUCACCUCAGUGAGGUGCUAGCUGUGCAAUAAGUUUCACUCUGGACUUGAAAUGACCAACUAAUAACUGCUGUUCAUUUUUUCCAUGAAGUACCUUAUUAAAGAAUCAUUAACUGACCCUUUUUAAAAGAUAACUGUACAGUUAGAAAAUAUAAUACAAUAGACAGUUUGGUCCCAAAAAGGUAAUUAUAUUAAUUUAUUUUCUUGUGUGUACUUCAUAGCCUUAAGGCCAAAUAAGACACUAAAAUCAAAUAAAAUUAAGGUUGUCAAACAAAGGAGGAAGUUAUUGAAUAGAUGCACUAACUGUUCCAGGCUGUCUUGUGAGCUUUUUCCACACACAAGCUUAUAAAAUUUACGUUGAGUGCACGGUCACGGUAACACCUAGAAUGGAUGUGCAAAGGGAUCACUAUUGGAAAUGUCCUUUAGCACUGAUUCUGACUGUUAUCAUUGCCCCUUCAGAACACUGAUAUUGUCAUAUCUUUCUGUGCUCCCGGUGUUUAUAGUACACACUUUGAAUUGUAUAGUAAUCUGUUCCCAAAAGGAUUUGUCACAGUUGUUCUUGUAAUACAGGAAUAUUAUGAGAAUACUUUUUACAUAAAACCAAACACUCAUUCAAAAAUUCCAAUGUAACCUAAGUCAAUAAAUGACUGUUUCAGCUUGUGCCUUCAAUAUUACACUGAUGAAGGCCCUGGCUGUAACAUGUUGACCUCUUUUAAUUUGUUUCCUAUAACUGUUCUUUUGAAAGUGGUCAAACUGAUAUUUACUGUUGGAUGAGGAACUUGUUAGUAAAAAGUUAGGUUGUGGAUUUAAACCCUGGUGUAUGUUUAGUUCAAGAGCCACUAUGGUUUUAGAUUUGUUCUAAAAGAUAUUUUUUGUUUGUUUUAUUUUAUAUUCUAUGUGCUAGAUACUAACCAUUUUGUGAUUUAAAUGCAUUUGUAAAUGGAAAGCAAUGUAAAGGGACAUGUUUACCUUCGUCACUUGGGAUGUAUGAGGGCAGAUUUAUAAAGCAAAAAUUAAUAAAGGUUAUUUAUUUUGCAUA